AUAACGCCGAGCCCUGCAUCUUGGCAACACUGCGUACCCAAGGGUCCAGCGCAGCGGGUGUCGAGUAGCCCCGGCACGCCACGCCCGAACAUUGACAAAGUGAUUGAACAGUCAAGUCUCCAAAGGAUGACAUACUCGUCGAAUGAAUGCUUAUAAUUUAAGAAAUUCAGGCUUGGCGGUCAUACUUCAUGAGCACGCGGCUUUCCCGUUUUGGCAAACACCUGUACACGCUCGCGUAUAGUUAGAUGCGAAAUGAUGGGGCAGUGGCCAUUAAUCUUGUGGUAAUGACUGAUCGCACCGGCGUCAGGCGACGGGCCCUGACGCCUCACGCUGAGACGGAGCUUGGACCCGCCGCUGCUGACUCGCCACACGAGGGGCCUGGAGAGCAACUCGGCAACGACGUCGCAACCAACGGCUUCACAUCGAGCAGUCGAGGCUGCUCUGCAGAGGCGGUGGCCGGCCGCUGCGGGGCCGGCUUGGACUGGCUAGUGGCGGGGGCGCUGCUGGCGCCACCCGCCCUUACGUGCCUCUCACGCCUGGGGGUGCCAACAGGCCUGCUACUGACUGCCUCGCUAGGGCCAGUGUUGAAAGCACUUGCACUCCUAGGUGUGCUGCUGCUGGGCUGGCGGCUGCUGCGCUUCCGGCGCUGGCGCGACGAGACGGCGCAGGUGCCGCGCUUCCUGGUCUGCUUCCUGGUCAUGCUGGCGGAGCUGACCAUAGAGAAUUGCGUGGUGUGGCUGGUGUCCGCCUCCGACCUGCGCAAGUACGAGCAGGUGCCGGGUCUGCAGGACAAUGUGGAGAUAGCGGUGCGGGCGGCGGCGGGCGCCUGCCCGGCCCUGGCGGCGGCGCUGGCGCUGCCCGCCGCCACGGUGCUCCACUUCCUGGCGGCGCUGCUGGCGCUGGCUUUCUCCGUGCUGUGGGACCAGGUGCCGUACUCCGGCUUCGGCAUGUUCUCACGUGUGGUGCUCACCAUCGCCGCCAGCCGCGUGCUGCGCAUGGCCUGCUUCAUGUGCACCGUGCUACCCAACCCGCGCCCCGGCUGCUACAGCCGCCGCUUCCCGCCCGUCCCCGCCACCGCGUGGGAGACGGUCAUGGCAGGCUACACAACCAUACGCGGCUUCGGCGGCUGCAAUGACCUGAUAUUCAGUGGCCACGGUGCGUUCUGGGUCUUGGCACCACUGGCGUUCCGGACCUACUACCCGGCAGCGCCGAGCCGCAUGCUGCCCGCGGGCCUGUUGGCGGCGCUGCGGCGGCGGUGGCUGCUACUGCCGGCUGCGCUGCAGCGGGUGUGGCGGCUACUGCCGGGGCUGCGGCUGCGGCUGAGCACGGCGGUGCUGUGGCUGGCGCUGACGCACGCGUCGCUGCGUGACGUGUUGGACCGGCAACACUACAGCGUGGACAUGCUGCUGGCGGUGGUGGUGACGUGGGCGGUGUGGGACUGGCUGGAGUGGGUGUAUCCGGCCGGCCGGGUGGCGCUGCCGCGGCGGCCUACGGGCUCCCCGCCCGACCCACUCAACCCGGCUGUGUUGGCGCUCAUUCUGGUGUGCCUGGGCGUGGCGGGUGUCAUAGUGAUCGGAGGCAAGGCGUGAGGAGAGGCAGCCGGCGUGAGGAGGGGCGGCGGGCGGCCUGUGAGCAGGCUUCAAGGCAGACAUGAUGGGAGGGGUUCGUGCCACGGCGUCGUGCGCACGCCCCCACGCGCAGUGUAGUCAAGCGCCCCCGUGUUUAUUCCUUCGGGCGUUGUGACGAAGGACCCUGGCGGGCGACGUGAUGUAAAACGUAGUGCAAUUCCUUCGUUUGUAUGGCAUCUUAGCUUUGUAGCACCUCUAAUCUGACUGGUGGCGGGCGACGGGUGGGUAUGGCGACCAGACGUGGCCCAUGCAGAACCAUGAUCUGACUACUUGAGUCCUUCUCAGCCGUGUGGGCGCUCAAAGAUUAGCUUUGCCGGGAGCUCUCGAGUUGGAUAGUUCUGACCAUUCCACAAUACGACUUAUGAGACUGGAGAUGCCCAACGGGCAACGGAUGUGAGGCUGGAGAUUGCUAGCUUGUUUCCAACGACGCUAACGAGAGGCACAAGUCAGGCCCAGUCCGCCUCGAACAGGGCAUGUAAUUGCGCCUUGCG